AUGACCGGACCUCUUCCACCCUCGAUAUCUAAUUGUUCGAAACUUAGGUUUCUUGAAGUGAACUACAACAAUUUUAGUGGGAAGCUGAAAAUUGACUUUGCAAAAGUAAAGGAUAUAUAUUUUGUAUCCUUGGGUAAUAACAUCUAUGGAUUUGGAGAAGCAGACGAUAUGAAGUUUAUUGAUACUUUGAAGAACUGCAGCAGAAUAAAGGUGUUACAUCUUAGUAACUGCAAUUUUCAAGGAGUGCUUCCCACAUCAAUUGGUAAUCUUUCUGAUCAAAUAAGUAUUCUAACUUUAGAUAGAAAUGAUUUUCAUGGAAACCUCCCUUCAAGUAUAGGUAAUCUGGUCGGCUUGAUCGGUUUCUCUUUAACAGAAAACCGAUUUACAGGAAAAAUCCCCUCCGCCAUUGGAAACAUUCCUAGUAGCAUUGGUGGUUGUACUAGCCUUUUAUUCUUAUCCCUCAAAGGCAACACAUUUCAAAGCAUGGGCGAUGUACCGGUGGUCGGAGUGUUUGCCAAUGCAAGUGCAUUCUCUGUUUUCGGGAAUAGUAGGCUUUGUGGUGGCUUGACUGAACUUGGGUUGCUCAAAUGCAAUACAAAAAAACAUAAGAAAAGGUUUCCUUUGUUCGAAAUAGUCAUUUUGAUUUCAUUCACACUUUUCAGCAUUUUAUGUAUUGUGUAUGCUUGUAAGAAAAGGAAGGGCCAAGUGUCUCACUCUCAAUCAUUGAGGGACAAACGAUUCAUGCAAGUCUCAUACAGUCAACUUCUCAAGGCUACCAAUGGCUUCUCCCAAGCCAAUUUGAUUAGUGAGGGUGGAUUCAGCUCUGUUUACAAAGGGAUCCUUAAUCGCAAUGAUAGAUUUGUUGCGGUCAAAGUUAUACAUCUUCAAAACCGAGGUGCUCACAAAAGCUUUAUAGCAGAGUGUGAAGCAUGGAGGAGUAUUCGUCACCGGAAUAUAUUGAAGAUAAUAACUUCAUGUUCAAGUGUUGAUUUUCAAGGCAAUGACUUCAAAGCUUUAGUAUAUGAGUUCAUGCCCAAUGGGAGCUUACAUGAUUGGUUGCAUUCAAGUGUAAGUAAAUCAAGACUGAACCUUCUUCAAAGAAUAAAUAUUCUCAUUGAUAUCGCAUCUGCACAUGAUUAUCUUCACAAUCACUGUCUGCCAACCAUCGUUCACUGUGACCUGAAGCCUAGCAACGUUCUACUUGAUGAUGAUAUGGUGGCCCAUGUUGGAGAUUUUGGCUUAGCUCAAUUUCCUGGAAUAAAUUCAAACCAAAAGAACACAAGUGGCAUUAGGGGAACAAUUGGAUAUGCACCUCCAGGUGAAGCCCUUAGCUGGUACAAAUACCUAACCACCAAUCAGUUACUUACCAAUUGGACAGAAUUCUGUAGAGCCAUGGAACUCCAGUUUGGACCAUCCUCAUAUGAAAACCAUCAAGCAAGCCUAUUCAAGCUAAAACAGACCUCCAUAGUUGCAGCCUAUCAAGCCGAGUUUGAAAAAAUCAGUAAUUGUGUUGAUGGCUUAACACUUGUAUCCAUUCGUAAUUGUUUCAAAUCGGGACUUCACAACGACGUCCAGAAUGAAAUUGCCCUGCACCACCCCAUCUCUCCAUCAAGCUUAUGGUCUUGCUAA